UUUCCAAUUCAUUCAUCUCCCUCCCAGCUUUCUACAACAUCUUUGAGCACCCAAUUUCAUAAACAGAGUUUCCUUUCUUCACAAACACAAAAACAAUCCCAAAACACGUACAAAAAUGAAAAGAGGGGGAAACAAGAAGUGCCUAGCCUAUGUUGCUAUUUUCAUCGUGUUUCAAAUCAUAGUGAUCACGAUCUUCGCACUCACCGUGAUGAAGAUAAAGGGUCCCAAAGUCAGGUUCCAAACCGUGACUGCCAGUAACUUCAACUCCGGCAGCUCAAGCUCUCCGUCUUUCAGCGCCGAUUUGGUGACCAAAUUUGCUGUCAAGAACACGAACUUCGGUCACUUCAAAUACCCCAACAGCACUGUCUCAAUCUUGUAUGAUGGCCAAGUAAUCGGGUCUGCUGAUGUCCCAAGCCAGAAAGCCAAAGCUCGAUCGACAAGGAGAACUGACAUCACCAUUAGCAUUAGCUCGGACAAGUUGACAGCUGGAACCACAAACCUCACAAGCGCCAUCAACGCUGGGGUUGUGAACCUAACCAGUGAGUCCACUUUGAAGGGGAAGGUCGAGUUAAUGAAGAUCAUCAAGAAGAACAAGUCUGGUAAAAUGAGCUGCACCAUGUCGCUCAAUUUGUCAACCAAGGCUGUUGAGAAGUUGAUGUGCAAGUGAUCAAAAGUUCUAUAUAUGUUAAAUGUAAAAUUUUGGGGCUUUGAACUUUGUUUUGGGGCUUUGAACUUUGUUUCUAUGUGUCUGUUUGAUCUAGCUAGUAUUCCAUUUGUAUCUUUUCCGUUUUCAUUUUGGGUAUCGGAGAUGUACUUUGUAGUCGGCAUUUGGGUUAUUGAGUUAUAUAUUGAUUAUACAUUCUUUUACUAUUA